GCCACAGCAAGACAAUGCCGGAGCACAGUCCAGCUCCGACUCCGCAUAGAGCCAUCUAUGGCUUUGCGUUCUAUAUGCUGUUUACGGUUCUGUUUAUUGUAUACGUGGCUUGGGCGCUCCUGCCGUUUGAGUUUGGUCUGCAACCUUACUUGCCAGACAAAUAUUUUGCAGUUUUUGUGCCAUUUCUGGUGCUGAUGUUUGCCUGGUUUUUCGCUUUCCUUAUCUAUCCGGCCAUUAAUAUGUCGCUGACUGUCAAUGUUGAUUCGAUUCAUUCCGUGGUGGACCCCAAACUAGCUCUACCCAAGGGCACAGCAUUUACAUCCUGGUCACAGCUCAAGAAUUCCAAAGAUUCCCCAACAAAGCAAAAGAAGCCGACACCAAUCAACUGCAAUAUGUGCAAGACAUCGCACAAGCCCAUAACGCGAGCACCCAUAGCCCCACUAAGAUUCCUUGACCUACAAGAAGUGAAUACAGCAUAUUACAACUAAAAAAACUAA